AUGGAAGUGUAUGAAAAAGGGUAUUACCUGAACAACUUUGUCAAUCGAAUCCUGCUUAAAAAAUCACAUUCUCGCCAGAAAGUAGUACCCUCCCUCAAUAAUGAGAUUACACUCAGCGAUAAAGAGCGAGACGUACUUCGAUUCAUAUGUAUGGAAUUUACCGCUCAGGAGAUCGCUCAGAAAAUGGAGAUCAGCCCAAGGACCGUUGAAGCCAUUAAAGACAGGCUAAUGGAAAGGUUUGGGAGCAAGAAUACUGCCGGCUUAGUAUUUUUUGCUGUGAAAAACAAUUUGAUAGAGUAA